AAGCAUUCAUAUUUUAUAUUUUUUGCCAUAAUGUAUGAUGUUUUUGACGGUUUUUAUGUUUCAAAAUAUAAAAUCAAUAUUUUUAUGUUCAUUUCAGUUAAAACAGUUCAAUCAAUUAUAUUUACAUUUUAUGAUUAAUUUAAUUAUUUUAGUUAAAAACUUUCAUUACAUAUUAUACAGAAAAAUAAAUUAUACAUUACGAAACAAAUGUAGUUUACAUAACCUUUUUACUCGGUUUAGGUGUGCUACAUAGCUAUGUGCCGCCUAUAACAUUUUUUGGUUUUUCCUUUAUUAAAUUUCCUUUUUUGUAAGGUGUUAGUUUUCUAAAAAAAUAAGUUAAAUUAUGUGUAUUUUUCCUUAAAAAAAUAAAUUUGCUAUUUUAUAUUUUACACGUGUGUUAUUUUGCUAUCCCUAAAAAAUUAAGACAAACGGAAGGACAAUUUGUAGUUUGCUAUUGAUAAUUCAGAAUUCUUCCUCCACCAAUUGCUUCCACGCCAAAUUCAGCCGACCAUGAUCCCCAAAGAAUCUAGACCAAAGCAGAAAAGCAAUAAGACCAAGGCUCAAUCGUUCUCGUCACUACCAGAUGAAAUCGUAGAGAACAUUCUUGCACGUAUCUCAAACUGGAAUUACCCUAAUCUCUCUCUGGUCUCCGAGAGAUUCCGCUCUAUCAUCUCUUCUCCUGAGCUCUACACAACGCGGUCUCGCAUCGAAACCACCGAACCAUGCCUCUAUUUCUGCUUAGAAGACUCUCCCAAUAUCUCAUCUCCUAAAUGGUUUAGUCUUCGGAUGAAACCUGCUAAUGAAACCCUAAAAGACGACUAUGAUAUUCUUGGAGACUAUUCGUUGGUUCCGGUACCGUCUAGUCCCCAUACUCAUCAAGUAGACUAUUCUCCUACCAUAGUUGUUGGUUCGGAAAUAUAUUUAAUCGGUGGACCCUCCAAAGGACCGCCGUCUUCCCUUGUCCGUAUCCUUGAUUGUCGGAGUCACACGUGGCUUGAUGGUCCUAGCAUGUCUGUGCCACGUGCGGGUGCGUCUGCUUAUUAUAUUCAUGGGAAAAUAUAUGUAAUGGAAAGAUGCAGGAAGGACGAUGACAACUGGAUGGAAGUAUUGGACAUAAAGACACAGACUUGGAGUCCCUUGCUGAGCCAUGGAGCUACUGAGUUUCGAAUUCGCAGCGGCUGGUUUAUAAUCAAACUGUUUAGAGGAAAUAUUUACGUAAUUGGUAGUAAGAACUAUGUUUAUGACCGGAACAAAGAUACGUGGGAAGUUGUGAAAACGCACGAUUUGAGAUUCAGAUGUAUACUUGCAGCAGAUGGGUGUGUGAUUAAGAAUGUUACAUAUAGGUAUACAAGCGAUGGUUCUCUCGUACGGUUUAGUUACAAUAGGAGAGGGUGGGUAAGAGUCAAGGGCUGGGAUUUGGAACUGUUGCGUACGCAUAGAAGAUAUAAGUUUUCAGGGUAGUGUGUGCUUAGUAUACGUAACCACGGUGGGAAACUUUUAGUCAUGUGGUCUCCCAGGUUUGAGGAAAACAACGAAAAAUCAGAAAGCAGAAUUUGGUGCGCAAAAAUCGCGUUAGAAGGGAGUAGAAAUGGGGUUUGGGGUAGAGUGGAGUGGGUUAAUGAAGUGCUUACUGUCACCAGGUCGUAUAAGUUCUUGAGUUGUGUAGUCAGUUGGAUUUGAUUUGAGGAUUCUUGAAAGAUGGUAUUUGUUCUGUCUCUCAUGAUAAUAGUUUGAGAUCUAUAAUG